AUGCGUGAGCCACUGAGCUACGGAGCCCAUUCAAAGGGUGCUCUGAGCCAAGGAACAUCUAGAAAUGAAGCGAUGUCAAAGUUUAUGGAAUGGUUUCAAGAUUCAUCUACGAAAAGAUCAAGAAGGCUGGAAAUAGUUGGAAAAGAGCAUUGUGGGAAGACUUGGUUUGCCAAAAAGCUUUCCGAAAUGUCCGAAUGCGUCGCAUGUCACUUCUGUCGACCUGACGAACCACAAUCAUCUGAAUCUGCUACAGUAAUCCGAUCAAUAGGAGAACAACUUAUGCGUCGAUUUCCUAACUUGGUCCUACCUAGGCUGACUACAGUAACUCUCUUAGAAGAUACUGUAGCUGCUCUAGACCACUUUCUUCGUCUUCCAUUGGAAACUAUGCCAUCCACUUCGAAACCUGUGUUCAUUGUGAUAGAUAGUGUGGAAGAUGAUGAGACAAAUCUCUUAAUCGAAAUGUUGAUUAAUAUUCUUCCCACGUGGAUUCGAAUGGUGACGACUUCAAGACAAGAAAGUCCAACUCGAAAACCAGAUGACGCAAAGGAAAUCGUGGAGCUGGAUUCGAUGAACGACGUCGAUUUCGAAAGAUUCAUCAGAUCCAAACUGCCUCAUUGCCACGUGGAAGAAGUGAGAGAAGCAUCAGAAGGAUCCUGGUUCUAUGUGGAGCAACUAUCAAGAGCAGUUGAAAUGGGAAUGAUUCCCAGUGAUUUGGUUCCGCCGAUAGGAGUGGAAAAGAUGAUGCAUUUGAUAGCUAGGAGUCUUCCAGGACCAUUCGCAGAUAUUGUUCGUUUGGCGAAAACGAGUCGAUGUCGACCAACUCGUCAACAACUUCUGGCUGUAUCCCAAAUGCUCAUAGCCCGAGAUAUCUCAAUUUUGGAAAAAGACAUUCAGCUGAUAAGCUCUUUAAUAGGAUCCUCUCCCCCAGAUUCCGAGCUAUUCGAUGUUCCUGACAUUUGGUUCUAUCUAGUUGGAGAAGAAAACCUUCGAUGUCAUUCGGCAUGGGCGGAACAUUACAAAACGAAACGAAGAAAAAGUGCUCAGGAUAUUUGUGAACUUGCCUAUCACCUAUCCCAUUCCACAACUAAUCCAAUCAACGCCAUCAAGACAUUACAAAGUGUUGGAGCUGGUGAUCUGAUUCUUCGAUGUCAUAUUAUUGAUCUACCAACAACUGCACUUUUGAAAUCAGCAGGAGCAAAGAUGGAGGAGAACAAUUAUGAUGUUGUUUAUGCGUGCUCGGUUGGAGAUGUUAAUUAUUUGGAUGCGAUUCUCAGAGAGAUCAAGCCAAUUCCCAUGGAAAUCUGCUUCGGACUUCUAACCGCCGCCGCCCGUGGAAACAUUGAAAUGUGUCGAUUCAUGGCUGAUCACUUUCCCCAAUUGGUUUCCUCUUCUUGUUGUGGAGAAUGGAAUGCAUUGAGAAGUGCAGCAUGUUAUGGACAACUUGAAAUCCUUCAUCUUCUUUUGGAAAAAGGAGUCGAUGUAGAUGAAUGUGGACAUAGUGAUCGAACAGCUCUCCGAGCAGCUGCAUGGUCAGGACAACUGGCUGCAGUUCAGUUAUUGCUGCAAACUGGAGCAGAAGUCGAUCGCAGGGAUUCAGAACAACGAACGGCUUUGAUGGCUGCUGCUUUUAUGGGUCAUCGAGAUGUGGUUUCGGUGAUACUUCAGUAUGGUGCUGAUGUGAAUACAGUUGAUAAAUCUGGAGCUACUGCACUUCAUUUGAAUCUUUCCAAUGGUUCUAAGCAAGAUGAACACUCAGAAACAACACGACUUUUGCUAGAGAACAAUGCGGAUUGCAAAAUCGAGGAUUCCAACGGUCGAGUAGCUCUUCACCUUGCUUCUUACCACGGUGAUGCGUGCCUUCCUUUCAUUUUUGAAAAGAAUCCAGUGGUUGAUAUAAUGGAUAACAUGGGACAAACUCCACUAAUGUUGGCUGCCAGUCAAGGACAACUCGUUUCAGUUCAGUUUCUAACUGAAAAAGCUCAUGCUGAUGUUGACUCGAUUGAUAAUAAUGGACGAACGGCUCUCCAGUGGGCGGCUAUAAAUGGUCAAUCGAAAGUUGUUGAGUAUCUUUGUGGAAUUGGAUCAGAUGAAGGACAUAAGGAUAAUGAUGGAGCAGUUGCAUUGCAUUAUGCAGUUACUCAUGAUAAUGUGGAUUUGGUGAAGCCAUUGGCAAAUAAGCAUACGGUAGAAGCAAAGGAUAGAUAUGGACAACAUCCGAUGAUGAUUGCAGCCGCUAAUGGAAAUUUGAAAGUGAGUUAUGUCCUCAAAUACCUGAUGGAUGUAUCCGACAUCAUCAAUCAACCUGACCACGAAGGUCGAUCAGCCCUUUCCCUUGCUGCAAUGGCUGCUCACACAUCGAUAAUCGAAGCAAUCGCUCCAAGAAUCACCGAUUGGGUACAACGAGAUCAUGAUGGAACUCCUUUGAUCCACACACUAAUCCUUUCAAACCUGAUCUACGUGGCAGAAGUCUAUCUAACUCACGGUGGCUCAUCAUCUGAUUCUGAUGCUCACGGAAGAACUUGUGUUCAUGUCGUAGCAUCCACAAACCACGUUGCUGCUGGUAAAAUGCUGAAAAGAAUUGGAGGAGUGAAUUUUGAAUCGGUGGAUAGAGGAGGAAGAACUGCAUUGAUGACCGCUGUUUGGGCAAGACACGUGGGAAUUUCUGUGUUCCUUUUGGAUGGUUGUGGAGUGGAUCCAAAUCGAACUGAUCGUCAGGGUGCCACUGCUCUGUCCAUCGCUGCUCAAAUCGGUGAUCGUGAGCUUGUGAAUCUUCUUCUGAAGUUUGGAGCCGAACCGAAAAUCAAGGAUUCAAUGGGAAGAACUGCAAUGGAUGUAGCCAUAAUUUCUGGAAAUGAAUCCAUCGUUUCUCUACUUCAAACUGCAAAUGGGUCAUCCGGAUCAUCUGGAAUUGGAAGCAGUAUUCCAAAUAGUCCAAUGGAUGCGAGUAAACAAAGAAUUCGUCCAAUCAGGGCAACGUCUUCAUUAAGAAGUCAAAGAAUCGAUAAUAGUUUUAAGUGA